AUGAGGCUCAUCGAAGCGAAAAUACUCGUCGAAACUCAGUGCAUCUCCUUCAAAGAAUUCUACGGGGAUCUACCAGAAUACGCUAUCCUCUCACACACGUGGGAAGCUGAUGGAGAAGUCACCUUCCAAGAGUGCCAUGUCGAAGCGUCAAAGACAAAGACAGGAUACGAAAAGAUCACAAAAACAUGUGAGCUGGCCCUCGCAGAUAAGGUCCAGUAUGUGUGGGUCGAUACAUGCUGUAUCGACAAGUCCAGCAGUGCCGAACUUACCGAAGCCAUCAACUCUAUGUUCCUCUGGUAUCAGAAAGCCAAGUUCUGCUACGUGUACCUGUCCGAUAAUGCGGGACAGUUCCCACUUGCAAAAUGCAGGUGGUUCACUCGCGGAUGGACAUUGCAGGAGUUGAUUGCUCCCGCGUCCAUAUCAUUCUACAACCAGUCCUGGGAAUUUAUCGGCUCCAAAAGAAGCUUAUUGGGCUCUCUUUCGGACAUUACAUCUAUUGAACAGGAGAUCCUGGGUCACAUAGCUCCGAUUUCUUCAGCUUGCAUCGCAAAACGACUCUCGUGGGCUGCAAACCGAGAGACUACUCGUAUAGAGGACAUGGCGUACUGUUUGCUUGGUAUAUGUGAUAUCAACAUGCCAAUGCUAUACGGAGAGGGCGAUAACGCGUUCCGUCGUCUUCAAGAGGAAAUCAUCAGAAAAACGUACGAUUUAAGCCUUCUUGCCUGGACGCCACCUUUUUCCACGGCAGAAGAGUACUGUGGAUUUCUCGCCACUUCGGUGAAGCACUUCGCUUCCUGCUCAAAAAUGUACUCAGUGGCAAACUCUCUUCUUGACGAAGGCGAGAUGAGCAUCUCGAACAAAGGCCUCAGACUUCGCGCCCGGGUAUACUUGCUUGACUAUUCCGAGUCAAGUUAUCCGGGACUCGUGGACGUCACAUAUCGUUAUGUUUUGGAGCUCGAUUGCAUGGUUCCAGGUUACAAGGGAGAAUUCUUGACGAUACCGAUGCGAAAAAUAGGCCCGAAUGCGUUUGUGAGAGCAAGAGGCUAUGAAGAAAACAGAGAGAUUCGCAAAAUGACGGCUUCUACUUCCUUUUGUCUCGUUCCUGCAGUUGCGGGAGGUAGCAUAUUCCACACCCUCACUCUUCUCACUAAACUACCAGAACGGAGAAUACAGCGGCCGUUGUUACAAGCAAGACAAUCUGACCUUGUAUCUCAUAGUCGCUUCACGAUGGUCACAAUCGAGUUACCACCGAGCAUAGCAAUAAUCGACAGUACUGAGCUCCCAAAUAAGUUUUGGGACGUGGAGGAUAGUGUGUUCUUUGGGCCCUACGGGUCAUACCAGAACUGGGGCGCCUUUGUCCUUGACACUAACUCCUUGUUCCUUUGCUUCUGGCACAAGGGGGCAACGGAGUGGGCCCUUAAAGGAACACUUCUUGAUAUGGGAACCGCAGGGGUCUAUGCGUUAUGGAAGGAUCUCUUUCUUUCAGCGGAUCAGUUGGGAUAUCAACAACCAGUUGUUCAGAACUUUUUGAACAAUGCGCAAAGUGAGAUGAAGAAUUCCAUUGAAACCAAGAGCGAGGGACGGAAGAUCAAAUUGUCAUUUACGGUUUGGCGCAAGGAUAAUCCAACCUUGUGUAGUGGGCCACGAUGGAGGGUUGUUUUUCGAGAAGACGUUAUCAGCAAGUAA